GGCUGCAGUUAACUUGUAUUUUAAUGUUUAUUUUUAUAUUCAUUAUGCGUAAAAGACAGGCAAAAAUCUUUGAAAAUCAAAAUGAUUGAGGCUGGCGGUGCCAAGCAAGUUUGCUGAUUGAUGCUCCCUCUGAAGCCUUUGGUGGCCUGCGAGGCUCUGAGGCUGUGGGUUGGGCACCUUGUGCUCCCCCGCCCUUCUCUCCUGACCUGCCUGCGGCACUGGGGCACGGUCCGCCCUGUCGACACCAGUAGUGUCGUAGCUGCCACUGGUGAUGGGAUGAAGGUGCUGAAUGUUGCUGAGAAAAAUGAUGCUGCCAAAAACCUGGCGAGCAUCAUGUCUGGCGGGAGUUCUCGCAUGCGAGAGGGUCUGUCGCGGUUCAACAAGAUCUACGAGUUUGACUUUGAGCUGCAGGGCCGACGGUGCCAGAUGACAAUGACGUCUGUGUCAGGCCACCUGCUCAACUAUGAUUUUGCUGCCAGCUUCAGGAAAUGGAUGAGCUGCAGUCCGGCCGCCUUGUUCGACUGCCCCGUCAUCAAACAAUGCUCCACAGACUACGAGCCUAUCAUGAGGACGCUGGAGCGAGAGGCCCGCCGCUGUCAGAUGCUCGUGAUAUGGACAGAUUGCGACAGAGAGGGUGAAAAUAUCGGCUUCGAGAUCAUCAACGUGUGUCGCGCCGUGAACCCGCAGCUGAAGGUGCUGAGGGCCCGAUUCUCUGAGAUCACGCCCGCCUCGGUCCGCCGCGCCGUCAACAACCUCGUGGAGCCGGACGGGCGGGCCAGCGCCGCUGUGGAUGUGAGGCAGGAGCUGGACUUGCGGAUAGGCGCGGCGUUCACCCGUUUUCAGACGCUCCGUCUGAAGCAGGUCUUCCCUGCCCGGCUGGCCGACCACCUGAUCAGCUACGGCAGCUGUCAGUUCCCCACCCUGGGGUUCGUCGUCGAACGCUACAAGGCCAUCCAGAGCUUCAUACCAGAGAGCUUCUGGAAAAUCAAAGUUUCCCACAUGAGGCAGGAGGGAAACGUCGACUUCAACUGGAAGCGAGUUCGUCUGUUCGAUGAAGCCUGUUGUAGGGCGCUGUUUGAGCGGUGCUGUGAGAACUCCACCGCCACCAUUACUCACGUCCAGUCCAAACCCAAGUCCAAGUGGCGGCCCGUGCCGCUCGAUACUGUGGAGCUGGAGAAGCUGGCGUCCCGGAAGCUGCGCAUCACGGCCAAGGAGACGAUGAAGGUGGCGGAGAAGCUGUACACACAGGGUCUGAUCUCGUACCCGCGCACGGAGACCAACAUCUUCCCCAAGGAGCUGGCGCUGGCGCCGCUCGUCCAGCAGCAGGUCAACGACCCCAACUGGGGAGCGUUCGCGGCGCGGCUACUCGAGAAUGGACCGAACCCCCGGCAGGGCAAAAAGACCGACAAUGCCCAUCCUCCCAUCCACCCCACAAAGUACGCUCCUGGCCUGCAGGGUAACGAGCAGCGUCUGUACGAGUUUGUGGUGCGUCACUUCUUGGCGUGUCUGUCGGCCGAUGCGCAGGGACAGGAGACCACUGUCGAUGCUGAGGUGGCCGGAGAAAAGUUCUCUGCCAAUGGCCUGAUGAUCACAGCUCGGAACUACCUGGAGGUGUACCCGUACGACAAGUGGUCGGACAAAGAGCUGCCCGUCUACAGAGUGGGACAACAGUUUGCGGCCGAGCUGGCGAUGCCCUCAGGCGAAACGACCCCGCCGCCGCUACUGACGGAGGCGGAUCUGAUCGCGCUUAUGGACAAACACGGCAUUGGCACGGACGCCACCCACGCGGACCACAUUGAGACCAUCAAGUCGCGCCAGUACGUGGGGCUCGAGGACGGCCGGUUCAUGCCCGGCUGUCUGGGUAUGGGCCUGGUCGAGGGGUACGACAGCAUGGGGUUCCACAUGUCCAAACCGAACCUGCGAGCCGAGCUGGAGGCAGAUCUCAAACGGAUAUGUGAGGGUACACGCGACCCUGCCACCGUUCUCCGGGAACAAAUCACCGCCUACAAAAACGUCUUUGAAGAGGCCAUGAGACAGGCCCAGAAGCUGGACACUGCCCUCUCCCCGUACCUGGGCGAGCCCCCUGCCGCCGCCGCCGCUGCCGGGGUCGGGGUCGAGCUGCAGAUGCCAGAGACCGUGUGCCGGUGUCCGGCCUGUGGCCAGCCCGUGCUGCUCAAGACGUUACGCGAGGGCACCCAGUUCAUGCUCUCGUGCUCCGGCUACCCGGCGUGCCGUGUGGCCAUGUGGAUGCCCUCCUCCGUGGAGUCGCUGACGGUCAGUCAGCAGCACUGCACCGCCUGUCGCGGCCAGCCCAAGAUGCUGGACUUUACCUUCCGAACGGCGGUGUAUGCGCCCUACUACCCUCGCCGGCACACGGCCUGUGUCGCCGGCUGUGAUACAGAGUUUCUGGAGACCGUGGGGCUGAAACCGCUGUCGGCUAGUGCGCAAGGAGGUGGCAGCCAGCAAAACGGAGACAGCGGCUACAUCAGCACCCUCAGCCAGGCGCGCCCUGCCCGUGCAGCCAAUCUCCGUCCACCAGCCGCCCCGGCCGGCCAAUCACAGCCCGCCCCGACGCUGGGUCGGCCCCGCCCCGCCGCCACAACCAAUCACCGUCCGCCAGCGGCGCCGGCCGGCCAAUCACAGGCUCCGGCUCGGCCGCGCCCCCCGCCGGCGACCAAUGGCCGGCCGGGGGAGGGCGGCGGCGGCACGGUGUGUGAGUGCGGCACCCCGGCCGUCCUUCUGACAGUGAGGAAGGAGGGCCCCAACACGGGCCGUCAGUUCUACAAGUGUGACGCGGCAGCCGGCGGGCGCGGCUGUAACUUCUUCCUCUGGGCGGACGAGGGCGCUCCUCCGAGACCGGCGCAGGCUCAACGGCUGCCAGGACAGGCGCAGAACGGUGGCGGAGACGCUCAGGGCGACGUGCUCUGCGGCUGUGGCCUCCCGCCCAGACGCUGCACCGUUCAGAAGGAGGGCCCCAACCAGGGCCGCGAGUUCCUGGGGUGCUCCAAGCCGCGCGACCAGGGCUGCCGGUUCUUUCAGUGGUGUGACGAGCCGCCCCGGCCACCCGGCGGCGGCGGGUCGGCCUGGGGCGGCGGACGGGGCCGCGGCAGGGGGCGGGGCAGGGGCGGCGGUCCGCCCCGACCCCGCGCCCCCCGAGGGGGCGGUGCAGCCGCCCGGCGCUGCCGAAACUGCCAGCAGCUGGGACAUGAUCGGAGGACGUGUCCCAUGGACGGCUGACCUGACCCAGGUCACCGCUGACCUCUGACCCAGGUCAUCUCAGGACGGCUGACCUCUGACCCAGGUCAUCCCAGGACGGCUGACCUCUGACCCAGGUCAUCUCAGGACGGCCGACCUGACCCAGGUCACUGCAGUCGUCUGACGAAUCUAGUCCAAAGGAUGUGUCUGUGCGGUCAAGCGCCGCCAGUCUUAGUGCCAGAGGUGGAUUUUAUGCGCGGGCUAUCCGUCCCGUCCACGUACCGACCUGCCAUGAAUUUCUCUCACCAAUCCAACAAGUUUCUGGCUGUGUUUGAAUGACGCGGCCCGCCGGGCGUGUGUCACAGGAUGUCAGUGUUUUACCACAGUGGGUCUGUGUGUUUGUGCCUUCAUCAGUCAUUAAUGGGCUGUCGGCAUGGUAGCCGCUGCUUCGGAACGAGUACCGAGCACUGAAGAUGGUAGUGACUGAGGUUUAAUUGUGAAUGGCCGACGGUGCAUCGGUACACAUCGUUUUUUUUUUCGUGAUUCAUCCGUGUCUUAAUGCGAUUUCGCCAAUCUUAACGUUGUCUUCAUUGUCACGAAUUUAUAUUUUAAUAAUUACAAUGUCUCAAAGGUA